AAAUACCUAUGCAAUAGUACAAGGAAAUUUACAUUGCAGCAGUAUUAAAUCUUAAGACUUGUUUUUACCUUAGAUAUAUCGUGUACACGCUUUUCGCGAAUUCUCUUAGAUUCCUCUUCUGUACAAACAACGCAACUGGACAAGAUGUUUUUUAGCGGGUUUGGAUACUCCAAUAGCGCUCCAAGUAGUCCUCCUUCACCAGGCAAAGGAAGUUUAUGGGGCAGUGUUUAUAGUCCAUUCAAAAACACCAAUACGCCAAUUCCAAAACUACCAGCCAUGGAUCAAACGGUGGUUAAUGGUAUCAGUGCUAAGUCGCCGGGGAAAUCGUCCCCAAUAGGCGGAGGUAUGGGUGGCGGUCAAGGUAUCGUAGGAGCCGGCAGGACAAUGAAAGAGUGCGAGGAUCAACUGGGAGCUCUUAGGAAGGAAAACUUCAAUCUUAAAUUGCGUAUCUAUUUCCUAGAGGAACGCAUGGGCAUUACGUCUGCCGAUGAAGAUGCUAUCAAGAAAAACAUUGAGCUCAAAGUUGAGAAUGAGUCAUUGAGGAAAGAAUUAAUAGAGAAGCAGGAACUUCUUAGUCAAGCGGCAAAGGCAAUGCAAUUUACUGAAGAACAAAAGCAAGAGUAUGCAAGAAAUCAAACUCAAUUUCAGCAAGCCUUUGAACAAGAGCGAGAAAGAGCAGAUAGACUCGAAAAAGAACUCGAUGAAUGCAAAGAACGAUUGAAUGAUGCUACGUAUUACGAAGACACAUAUGGCAUUACACCUCAGAAGGCUGUAGAGCUGAAAGAGAAGAUGGAAGAGUUCAAAGCAUCUUUAGAAUCGGAGUUGAAACAAACGGCGGCUAGUUUGGAGGAAGAAAGAAAUUGGGCUCAAGAACUCGAAAACGAAAAUAACGAAUUGAAAAAACGUUUGGAGACUGAGAUCGCUUUAAAAGAUAAAUUAUCAUUGAAGAAGGAUAAUGAAAUUGAAGCCCUAAAUGAAAAGAUUAAGGAAUUAGAGGUUGAUAUUUUCAAUAAAAACGGUACGUUGCAACAACUUAGAAAAGAAAUUACAGAAAAGGAUAAGAUCUUGAGUGAGAAGUGUGACUUAUUGGAAGAAAAGUGUAGAGCUUAUGAAGAAGUUACAACGGUCGCGGAAAAAAGGAAGAAACAAGUUGAUCAAUUGAGAUUAUCAGUAAAAUCAAGAGAUGAUGCUCUCACUGAUCUCAACAAUAAGAAUCGCUCACUUCUCCAGCAGUUUGAAAGUAAUUUCACGAAAAGUUGCGUUUCUCCUCAAAGUCCUUCUAUAUUUAUUGAAGAAUCUCAAAACAUCCGAAAAACUUUCAAUCUUAGCAGUCCAUCGAAAAGUAUGAAUGGUUCAAUAGAUCUGGAACCCACUACCGAAAGAUCGAGACUAGCUUAUGACUUAAAUACAACUGCAGAAAAAAUGAGUUCUCCAGAUUUAAGAAAAGUUGGUAUUAGUUCAAUGGUGAACGUUAAUAAAGAGCUCGAAGACAAAGAAAAAGAAAUCAAAAAGCAAGAAGAAAUAAAAAAGCAAUUGACACUCAAGCUUUAUAGUGCGCAGCAAAUCGCGGAAGAUAAAGAGCAAAAGUUGAAGAAAUUAGAAGUUGAUCAUAAAAAGGCUAUCCAAAUGCUUCAAGGCUUUAUGAAACGUCAUGAACAGCUCGAAGACAAACAAACAAAAAAAGAUCGGAGGAUUAUGGAAUUAGAGGUUGAGUUAAGCAGACUACGCAAUGAAAACACAAAGGCUUCUAGAAACAGCAUUAACACUUCUUCGAGGAAAAAUAUUAGCAAUGAACUAAUCGAUAGUCCAGAACGUGAUAACAAUCGACAGCAACGAUUUGAGGAAAUGGAAAGCAAAAUUAAUGAACUACGAGACCAAAUCGACGCAAUAAAGGCUGAGAAAAUAAUUUUAGAAAAGCAAAUAAAAAUUGAAACUGAGGAUCUAAAUGAUCGUCUGCUAGAUAAAGAUUUGAAAAUUGAAUGCCUGGAGUGUGAGAAAAAUUCUAUAAAGAAUGAGUUGCAAAUUAAGAAUGAAGAACUAGAACAAUUCAAGGCAACAUGUAAUCGAACAGAUGCAUACAAGCAAAACACGCAAUAUCUCGUCGACGUAGAUAACUUACGGGAAGAAAUCAAUGCUAAGAACCAAGAGCUUGAACAGAAAAAUCAAUUGAUCGAACAUCUAAACAAAGAACUUCAAACGAGCACGCAAAACUUACAAAAACUCGUGAACACUGAAUUGUGGAAUAAAAACAAGGAGAUCGCCAAAUUACAUAAUCAUAUGACAGCAUAUCAAUGCCAAGAAAAGACUCGUAACAAAUCGGAAUGCACUGAAGAAAGUGCAACUUCUCAAUUAACAAUUCUAGUUCGAGAGCUGAAUGAUAUCGGCAUUCAAGUGACGUUCACAAACGACGUUAUACAACUCAAUUAUGUUAAUUGCGAUAAACCAGUUGACGUUUCAACAUUGACCAAGUACAUUCAUAAACUGAUUGCUCAGAAAAUUGAACUCGAAAAAGAAGUUGACUAUCUGAAAUGGAUAAAACUAGUUGCACAACCAGCGAACGAUGCUGAUACAAGCUUUUGUGAUUCAACUGAAAAGGAUAAGCAGUACUGCGAAGUUUUAAGAAGUCACUUAAAGGAGUUGGUUCAAUUCAUGAAGGAAAUGUUGAAGAAUGGCGAUCAAACAAAUAGUUUUGCACAAAACAAACAAAAAACAAUUGCAUUCGAAGCACUUAUGAAUUCAAAGAUUCUUUCAGACGAUUUCAAAAAUGCACUGGAAGAGAUUAAGCUAAAGGAAUCCUAUGAUGUGACAAUUAACAACAAAGGUAAUCGAAUCGACGGUUCCGUCAGGAAAAGCAAGUCCGACAAUUUUAUUGACAUAAGAAAUCAAUUAUCAAAUCCAUCAGACUCCGAAGCUUUUUCCGAACCUGACAGAAUGGUGUCACUAGAGAGGAUGGGUUUUACUGAAACAAGGUAUAAGUGCUCUUCAAGAACUAGGUCUUCCAAAUUUGUUAAAACAUUUAGCGACUCCGAAGACUCAGUUGAUUACCGACCGUGCCACAAAAGUUACCAAAAUGAUGUCGGCGACUUCGACGCAAAUCGGCAAAUUCUUGAACUAAAACAGAUCAACUGCUUUUUAUAUUCCGAACUGAUAGCUUUAAGAAAUGAAAUUAGUAAAACUGUAGUCGAUGAGACAAUCAAUAAUAAGUUAAAACUACUCUUGAGUCAACUAGAUAAAUCGCGAGCAUAUUGUGAAAAGUUACAAAAUACGUUAGAAAAAAAAAUUCACGAAUGUCACAUUUUGAAGAAAGAAAGCAAACAGAACAGUAUUCGCAAAUUGCAAUUGGAAAAAAAAAUGUUCGAUGUAGAAAAUAUGGUUUUUGAAGUUACCAAACAAAAAACAGAGUUACUACAGCAUAAAGAAAGUACGGAUAGGAAAACUACUGAAAUAUUAAUUACAUUGAAUAAGGAAAAUGAAUUACAGCGUACUAAAAUUAAAAAAUUGGAAAACGACAGCGAGGAAGCAAAGGCAAUGAUCUUGCGACUUACAAGAGAGCUGGACCAUCUCACGUUGACGCACAGUCAAAUAUUGGUAGAAAAUACCAAAUUAACCAAUGAUAAAUUAAGACUAGAACAAGAAUUAAGAAAAUUCGAGAGCCGAUACGAUGUAACUGUGCGAACUCUUCAAGAUAAAUUCCAGAAAGAGGUAUCCGACUUAAAUCAAAUCAAUGAUUCACACAAAGCAAGAUUACUCGAGUUAGAGGCUACAAACAAAGAACUUCGAAGGCAUGUCGCAGUAUGCGAUGCUAGUGACUCAGCUCCAAGUUCCAGUGGUAUUUCUUCUAUUCCACUAGAUGUUGCAUCGAAACCACCAUGUGAUGAUUUCAUGAACGAAUAUUAUGUUUCUAACGGAACUCAGUAUUGGCCGCCGGUAACUUAUCCUGCAUCGAGCGGACGUAGUAAAUCAAGUUGCUCUCCCGACCUGGGCAUCGAAAGUGAUGCGGCUGGUUCAUCUACAAGGCCAUUGAAGGAUACUUUAAAAAUUACUGAAUCAAUGAACAACUUACUCAGUGAUGAUGACAAUUAUAACAACCAAGUACUCCGAGACGAGAACGUCGAUAGCCCGCUACCUAUUGAAGGUGGGCUAUUAUACUAUAGUCUCGACGAGAUCCAGUCAUUAAAGCAAGAAAAUGUAGCAUUAAAAACGAGACUGAUGAAAACACGAAGAGCACUUGAAGAUACAUUUGAGCAUUUGUCAACUUCAAAUAAGAAUAAGAAGAAUGUUGAAAAAGCAAUCAUAAAACAAUUACUGAUUACUAAAAGUAUACUUAAGAAAACUAGAAACUAUGAAGAAGCACAGUAUGAAAAUUAAAUGUUUAUGAAGGAAAUGGUUGUUACUUAUAUUGAUGAGAAAGUAAGUAUCUUGAAAACGUAUUAGGCGUUGCAAAGAGUUACCGAUGGGUAUUAUUACUUACUGUAUUUGCUCGAUUAUAUAGUCUUUAAAGUUUGCUCUCUUAGAUAUAUCAUUAUUGUUCUAUGUCUAUUGACAUAGCCUUAAGAUGAACUUCUUACACGUACAACUCUUAUAAUGAUAUAUAAAAAACUUAUUUUUACAAAAAUGAACGAAAUUUUGUCUGAAAAAACGAAAAGAAAUUUAAAUUAAUAUUGUUAUAAUAUAUGGACAGAUGUGAAAAAUGUAUAUUAAGAGAUUUGUAUAUACAUUUACAAAAUAUAGAUUGUUAUUGUACUUUUUCAAUAAUGUCUUUCAAAUUAUUUUUUACAUUAUUCAGGCGUAACUUACGUGCGAUAUUUCACGUAUGUCAAUUAGCCUGUUUUGCGUACGUGUUUGAUUUAUAAAGCACUUUAUACAAACUCUUUAAGAUUGUAUAUAAUUUACAAGUCACAGAAAUUCAUCUGUAAAUAAAUCAUUAAUAAAGUGCCAUUCUGU